CGAUCUUAUUCAAUAAUCAAAAUAUAUAUCAAUAUAAGAAAAACGGGGAUUUCAAUGGCAGCUUUGAAAGUGAGGGGACGAUGUUAGGAAAGCAGAAAACCGAGGUUGCAUCUUUGUUUGUGUCUAGCUACCUAAGCAGUAGGUGUCUACGUAGGGAGGUGUGUUUUAUGAGGUUCGCUGUGGUUGCGCCGUCAGACUGGUGACCCUGGUGACCGCAUUCACAGCCACCCUUUUAUAUAUAUGUGAAGUGAAGUUGGAGUUGAGGUUGAGGUUGAAGUUGAAGUGAAAGGGUUAAACAGCCAAGCCUUGCUCCAAGCUCCCUCCCGUCCGUGUCCCCGCAUCGCGCCUGUAACGCGAUCAAUUUGGGAAAUUUAUAACCUCAUCCAUCGACCACAACUCAAUUUCUACAGAAUUUCUGUAUGGCUCAUGCACCCUAGAAAAUGAAUAUGUUGUGAACCAAAUGUGCCGGUUUGAGUUAUUGGGUACCAUUUUAUUGUUAUAUUACGACUUGGCAGAUUGGUUUAGGGACAGGAAGGAAAAUCGGUACGGGCUACCAGCGCAUUCCACUGCGACUUCUGAGUUUGCUGAUUGUAAAAAUAUCCAGUCCUCAGCGAAAAUGCUCCACGAGAUACUCCUCUCACUCUCAGGACAUCCGUCUCCGCUCCUCACUGCCGAUCAUACAUCCUCAUCCUCGAUCCUCUCCCCCUCAGAAAGGUCCCUCCUCUCCUCUGUCGCCCAUCUAAGUGACCUUCACUGUAGGCUCCUCGCGCAUACAAAUACUAUAUCUUCGAAGCACUCCUCGAGCAUCUGCAAAGCUGUUGCUACAUCUAUAAGCUCCGUGCAUCUUGUAAGCUUUCAGCGGAAAGUCCUUGAGGUUGAGAAUGGUAUCUUGCGCAAAGAUUCUGGGAGUGUGGGUGCAUAUAAUAUUGUGCCGCUAACAUUUAUCGUGGAGAAGUUUUCUGGAUGGACAAGGCGGAUGGAAUGGUUCUUGGAGAUUGUGGACUUCAUGAUGCAAGAUGUGGGCGGAAAGAAGUGUAGUGGGGCAAUGGUCAUCGACAAGUUAUGCAAUGCUAUACAAACAGGAUAUGCAGAUAUAGAGGAGGCAGCACUAAGUCUAGUGAAGGUUGCGCAGACUGCUUGGCUGAAGCAGGUAUCGGCCUGGAUUCUCUACGGACGGCUACCGAGUUUUGGUCGCGGGGAUUUCUUCGUUCAAGAGGAUGAUUCUGAGGUACAAUUUCAUGCUCAUUGCUUGAAUAAAAAGCCGCUGACUGGUCUGAUGAUAGGACUACAAGACUAAUAAGGACUUGUUGCCAGCAUUCGUGUCGGAUUCCACUGCCUCAUCGCUUCUUUUCAUCGGACGAUCCUUAAACCAUAUUCGAGUCAAAGGCAUCUCUUCGGCAUCAUCUCCAGAACUCGACCUAUUAUCCUCUCAUUUACGACAAUUGUCUACCCUCCAGUUUCCAAUCAAUGGCGCCAAUUUCGCCAGAGUCAUAGCCGCUAUCCGUCUUUCCCUAUCCCAAACUACUUUACAAAAGCUCUUGCCGUUGAGCAAAGUCAUUGAAGUCUUGACAUUACUACGAGAGUUCUUUUUGCUUGGUCGAGGGGAAUUUGCCAUAGCGUUGAUAUCUGAGGCCGAUGAAAAGAUUCGAUCACGAUGGAGAAGAUCCGGAAACUCGGGAUAUGAGAAGAAGGAAGGCCUGGGAAAUAUUGUUGUGAAGGAAGGGGAAGUCUCUGCUGUCCUUGCUAGGACCUGGGCUGCGAUGGGCGCACAGCAAGGCCAGAACGAUGAAGAGGAUGAUGACGAUUUGCUUGAACUUGCAAGAGAUCUUGUUCAGUUGAGUAUUACAAUGGGAAAUCCGAACACACAAGGAAAAGCCAGCUUAAGAGCUUCGCAAUCUUCUGUGAUUGUCUCCACCCCUUUCCGGAAUCUCCUUCUUUCGAUUCCCGUGGCUCUUACAAUGCACAUCCCUUCGCCAUUAGAUCUAUUCCUUACUUCAUCUGACAUUCAGAUGUAUUCAAGCAUUAAUGCUUAUCUUUUAGCAGUUCACAGGGCACAUCUGCGGCUCACUAAUCUUUGGAAGAUAACUUCUUUACGUCGCGAUCAUCCAGCACCUCCUGGCCCACCGUUUGGAAGUUCUACUUUUGGCCGAAAGAACGUUCUCACGCUUCGAAGUAGAGCUAAAGAACGUUCUCACGCCAUGCGUAGCGUAUGGGCAACGAGCAGCGCUGCAGUCUUCUUUUUAGGCGAGACAGAAGCAUAUCUUCAAGGCGAGGUUGUACAAGGAACAUGGUUAGGCUUUACAGCUUGGCUCACAGGAGAGACGCAGGCAUCAACGUCACAAGAUGAGGAUGAUAUCUGGCUGCAAGCUGCCAAACAAUCGACCUCGAGGAAUACCAGCCACAACCAUGAUCCACAAACACUCGCAGAUGCACAUAGGAGAUACCUCGCUGCUUUAGCAUCCAAUCUUCUUCUAAAUACAUCAACUUUUACAAACCCGUUAUACUAUCUACUGCAGCAAAUCGACCACCUCGUAGCUCUUGUCCACCGCAUUCAUUCUAUCUGGCAAUCGCUGGAUCUUGAAGCUGAUGAGGGAGUAGUAGAUGCAUUCUCUGACUUUCACAAAGAAGAACAGGAUAUCAAAGAACAGCUUGUAACAGUUGCAAGACGGGUGAAAGAUGCAAUUGAAGAAUUAGUUAAAACUCUACGGGACAUAGACCAAGAUAAGAAUGGCUGGGACAGUGGAUAUGAAGAACUCGUCUUGGGAGAGGAAGGUGCAUACGUUCCUGCUAAAGUUGGCAGAGUGGACAGGCUACUGAUGAAGCUUGAUUUUGGAGGCUGGUUUGAUAAAAGGGGUAAUGAGGAAACAGGAGAUGUUUUUGAUGAUUUGGGCGAUUAUGAUUAAAUGAAUUAUUGGUUUUUGAAACCGCAAGGAAGGGAAAAUGGACAAUACCCAGGCGUUCAGGCAACGGCUGUAUGAUUAUGAAUUAACAAGAAAGCGUAUUGAUCAAUAAUCAUUUUGUCAGCCAGUUUAUAGAACUACUAUUUCAAGUGGGUGAAAGGUUGUUUAGUUGGAUUUGAUUGCU